AUGAAGCUGCAGGCGGUGCUGGAGCAGCUGCAGAAACAGCAACAACAGCAGCAACAGCAGCAACAACAACGACCGGCCGUGUCCAUGGAGUGCCGGGAGCGCCGCCGCGAGCCGCAGGUGCCCUUCCCCGCCCCGCCGCCCUUCCCCGGCCGCGCCCCGGCAGUGCCGCCCGCUGUCCCGCCGCGGGCAGAGCCCCCCGCCGCAGCCGGCCGGCACCGUGAGCAGAGCAGCGGCAACUCCGAGGAGGAGGAGGAUGAGGAAGAGGAGGAGGAUGAUGAGGAGGGCGAUGAAGACAGCGCUGAGCUGGAGGAUGGCCCCGCGGUGCCCGGCCAGGAGAGCUGCUCCGCGCUGCCGUGUUUCCGCGCUCCCAAAGGCGCCCAGGCAAGGGCAGGGCGGGCUGCGGUGCCAGCCCCCGCGGCGGGCACCCAGCAGGGCAGGGAGGAGCCGGGCACGGAGCCCGCCCCGCGCUGCGCCGCUGCCCCCGCGGGCCGCCCCGGCUGGCGCCUGGAGGAGCCGCUCAAACAGAACGGCGGCGGGAGCUGGAGCGACGAGGGCGACGGCGGCCGGGGAAGGGAAAUCUCCCGAGACUUUGCCAAGCUGUACGAGCUGGACAGUGACCCUGAGAGGAAGGAGUUCCUGGAUGAUCUCUUCAUCUUCAUGCAGAAGAGGGGAACUCCCAUCAACAGGAUCCCCAUCAUGGCCAAGCAGAUCCUGGAUCUCUACAUGCUCUACAAGCUGGUGACAGAGAAGGGUGGGCUGGUGGAGAUCAUCAACAAGAAGAUCUGGAGGGAAAUCACCAAAGGCCUUAACCUGCCCACCUCCAUCACCAGCGCCGCCUUCACCCUGCGCACACAGUACAUGAAGUACCUCUAUGCCUACGAGUGCGAGAAGAAGUCCCUGAGCUCCCCGGCCGAGCUCCAGGCCGCCAUCGACGGCAACCGGCGCGAGGGCCGGCGGCCCAGCUACAGCUCCUCGCUGUUCAGCUACUCCCCAUCCCCGCCGGGGCCUCCUUCCCUGCUGUCCCCCCCCAAAAUCCGCUUCCCCAUCAUCGGCGUGGCGCCAGGCAGCGCCACCGGCAACCCCCGCGUCUCACCGGCCCUCAGGAAAGGUGACGGCGUGCCGCUGACGGUGUCCAUGCCGAGCCGCGUGGCCGUGCCGGUGACACUGGGUGGCCAGCAGGCCUCGGUGGCAGCCAGGACGGCCACGCUGGAGCAGCUGAGGGAGAGGCUGGAGGCGGGAGAGCCCCCGGAGAAGAAGGUGCCGCGCAUGACGGAGGAGGAGCAGCGGCUGGUGCAGCAGGCCCUGCAGCGCAACCUGUUCAGCAUGGCCCGGCAGCUCCCCAUGAAGAUCAAAAUCAACGGGAAAGACAAGGCAGACUCGGCGGCGGCGGCGGCGCUGAACGUGUCCCCGAACGGCAUCGGCAGCAUCAACAUGUCCGUGGAGAUCAACGGCACCACCUACGCCGGGGUGCUGUUUGCCCAGAAGCCCAUGGUGCAGCUCCUGGCCGGCUCGGGCACGCAGAGCUCGUGCAGCAGCAGCUCCAGCAGCAGCUCCAGCAGCUCCCACUGCUCCCCCAGCCCUACCUCAUCGCGGGGCACGCCCGGCGCAGAGCCCUCCACCAGCUGGUCCCUGUGACGGGCACUGCCCAGGAGUGCACACAUACCUCACCUCAAGGAACCUGCUCUCGUGGCUGCACAGCACCUGGAGGAUGAUGAUGAUGGUGGUGGUGGUGGUGAAACCUUUCCAUGCCAGCGAGUUUUCCUUCAUCGUCUCUUUGUCCGGCCUUGUUUUGGCUUUGUUCCCCCCUCCCCUUUCCUUCCUCCCUUUUGCUCUUUGGUUCCUCCUCCUCCUCGCAGGGUGUGUGCUGUUCCCAUGGAGGGGGGCACACCUGGCGUUUCUCAAUCAGGGAUGGCUCUGGGGCCACAGCUCCUGGCCAGGACGUCACCAGGGCAGGGAAAGGGCCAGGACUGGGGUGGAGAGCCCUGGUUCUGCUGGAGCCCAGGUUCUGCUGGAGCCCUGGUUCUGGAGUCCUGGUUCUCCUGGAAUCCUGGUUCUGGUGGGAACCCUGGUUCUGGAAUCCUGGUUCUCCUGGAACCCUGGUUCUGCUGGGAAUCCUGGUUCUGGAAGCCUGGUUCUGCUUGGAGCCCUGGUUCUGGAACUCUGGUUCUGCUGGAACCAGGGGCCACCGGGGCUCUUCCCACCCACAACUCCGUGUUUUGACAAUCCUGAGAGCCAGGGGGUGCCUGGCCCUGUCCUCCCAUGGCAAUCUGCUCAUGUCCCUUCCUGCUGUGUCCCCAUGUCCUCAGGGGAGGCUCCUGAGCCUCCCUGCUGCUCCUCUCCAUGGUUCUGGCACCAUCAGCUGCUCAGUUCUGGCUGCUGCCACCUCACCCCUCGAGUCCUGAGUGUCCCUGAGGAGUGACACAGGGCCAGGGCGUGCUGGGGUUCCACGUCCCCCCUCUGUCCCCAUAGCAGGGUCCCUCAGGUUGGUGCAGGCUCCCUGGAGCAGCUCUGGGAGCUCUGCAGGAGCACAGGCUGCAGGUGGGGUGGUUGCUGUGGGGAUCUGGGGUUCUGAGCAAACCCCCUGCCAUGGUGCAGGGAGGGGCAGAGCCCAGGGAAUCCAGCCCUGCCUGGCCCUGGGAGCUGGCAGCAGAGCUCCCUGUGAAUGAGCUGCUCAGGUGGCCUGGUGCUGUCCCCCUGUCCCCAUGCCCUGGUGCCAUCCCUGCCAUCCCCCCUGCCCUGGUGACCUCCUCCCCGUGCUGCAGGCCCGAGUCAGGUUUUUUGAGCAGAUGAAAUACCUCAGCUAUGUACUUUGUUGGGUUGCUUUUGUUUGUGUUGGGUUGGGUUGUUUUUAACCUCUUCAGGAAGUGUUGGCAUAUCCUAUCGCUUUGGGGGGGGGUUUCAUAGGUGGGUUUGCUGAAUUUGUGUUUGCUUUUAUUUCUGUUGGCUUUUAAUGGAUCACCAAAGACAGGGAGUUCAGACGAGGCUGAGCAGAGCAGCAGUGGCUUCCCCACCCUCCAGGAGCCCAUCCCAGGACAGCACAGCAGGACGGGGUGACACUGCCCCUUGGAUCUGUGCUUGUCCCAGCCUCUCCUGCUGCUUCCUGCGCUGUGCCAGGGCUGUCCUGCCCCCGGGGCUCUCUGGGAUCGGGAGAUGGGGAUGUGGUGCCCUGGAGGGAUGGAGGGAUGCUGCUCCAGGUGUCCCCAGCUGCUCUCAGAGGGAGCAGGGGAAGCCGGCCUGACCCGCAGGCUCCUUUCAUCCUCACAGACUCCCAGAGGAUUUUCCAGCCUCUGGGACUCAGAUGAUUAUUUUCUCCCCCCCUUUUUUUUUUGGGUUUUCUUUUGGUGGUUUUAUUUUAUUCUUGGGUGGGGUUGGGCUGUUUCCUCUGAGUGGGACUGGGGCACUUUCUGCUUUUCCCUCUGCUCUGCUCCCUGGCCCCUGGGGAGCAGAGGCUGCUCCGGGGUGGGGCUGCUUUGUCUCACUUGCUAACGUUGUGUUUUCUUGCACAGAAAGGCACUCGAAUCACUGAACUUGCUUGGACACUACUAGAGUAUUAAUGUUUAUAAGCUUUACUCAACCUAGACUGGAACUAGCCAGGGACUAACAGAUUGUUUUGUAUCCAAUUCAGGGAAAGAAUCAGGUCGGGAAGCGUAACAGAUACCUCAGUUAAAAUAAGCUGCAACAAUAAACGGGUCCUUUUCCCAGCCCGGGGGUGACAAGGACCAUCCAGACUGUGAAGAGUUAACCCUUUCCCUCAGCCUGGCUUUGGCCCUGGCAGCCUGAGCUGCGGGUCUCCUGCUGAGCUGCCAGGCUUUGGGUGCAGGGAGUGCUGGAACCAGCAGCAGCAGCAGCAGCAGGGCGGGGGGAGGCCGAGCAGGGGGCCCCGUGUCGUACUCAGGGUUUGAUGCUGCCGGCAGGACGUUCCCGAUGGAUGGGCGGUGCUCCAUCCUCCCCCAGCUCCUCACAGCAGCCGGGCAGCCCCCAGCUCGUCCCUCGGUGGGGCAGAGCCAGCCGAGCCUGCCCCGGGGCUGCGGGGAAGGCAGCAGGGUGGGCGGGCUCAGGGGAGGCUGCUGUGCCUGCUCCCUGCCACAUGUUCUCUCCAAACAGCUGCAGCAGCCUUGCUAUAACUAGUUUUCUUACCUAUUUAAAAGAGAAGAAAAAAAAUAAUAAAAUAAGUAAAUAAAAACAAAAUGUGAUAGCCUAGGCGGUGGAUAAAUACCUCAACGUCUCCUUCCAACAAGUGUCUGUAUAUGUUGUUGUUGGGUUUUUUCUAUCUUACAGGUUAUCUGAAUGUUUAUAUUCCAAUAAACUUCUACCUCUUCACACCGUGAC